AUGUCCAUCUUCACCGUACGCCCUGCGGGUACGGAUAAAGAUCCGUUUAGGGUCCGGUUGACCGCAGUGUCCAUGCUCAGCCUCAAGUUGAAGUCGGGCGAUGUCUGUGAAAUCAAGGCCGGGGAAGAAUCCAACGGUAAGCGUAAAUUGGCCGUUGCCUGGGAAGGCUUAGGGCUCGGCCUUAAAGACACCAUCGUCCAAACGUCCAAACUUCUCCAACAAGCUUACGGAUUCAAGCUCGGCGACAAGAUCACAAUUUCUCGCUCUUCACGCCCCAUCGAUGAGGCUGGGGUGGUGACAGUUUGCAGAGUGGACCCUCUGCUAAAUGACCAAGAAAUGCGCUUCUGGAGCAAGCAUAUUGCAUCUAGCAUUCCACCGGCUGGCGAUUAUCUUGUGAUAUCGCAGAGGCUUCGGCUCAGCGACGCCGUCGAAUUUGUCGUAAAAGAUGUAGGAGUCCAUGAUGCCAUGAUCGCUGGGGUAACGCCGACCACAACUUUCCGCGUUGUCGCGAACCAUGGACACGGGGACAUCAUCAAUAUCGAGCUCAAAGCAGAGCGCCUGGGAGGUAUCGAGACUCAGAUCCAGGAGUUACAGGCUAUAAUCAACAGGGUAUUACGGCCAUUGGUGAGACGGGUUUGGUCCACAUAUGAGCCGGUGCAAGGUAUUCUCUUAUAUGGCGCGAAAGGCACUGGUAAGACGGCCUUGAUCGAAGCUCUUUCCGAAUCAGGUUGGCCCUCCAUUAUAACUUGGAAACCGGGAAUGCAGGUCGGUUCGUCGAAGGAUCCUUGUUUAGUAAUUGUGCCAUCAGAGUACCUGCUUGCCAAAGCGGGGGCUUCAGGAGCAUCGACAGCGAUCUACGAACUCGAGUCCAUGUUUAAACGAAGCAUAGGGAGCCCCGUCCUGGUUAUAGCCGAAGCUCGCCAUCCGAAUGAUAUUGACGAACGGCUACGGACAGAGGGCAAGUUCGCCGCCGAGGUCGAGUUGCCCAUCCCUUCAGCUCCUCAGAGAAAGGACAUCCUUUUGGCCCUGCGAGGUGCGGCGGGUUUCCCCACAGAUGAACAAUUACAAGAGCUGUCAGAAAGAACCCAUGGCUACGUGGGCGUUGACCUCAGGCGCCUUCUACGUGUGACGCUUGAGCUGGUAAGGGACAGAUUGUCGCCAUAUGGAGGGGAGGAGGAUGGUGGAGUUCCUACGCCAGCCAUCGAGUCCGCUGAUCUGGACAUCGCUCUGCAGCGCGUAAGGCCUUCUGCCUUGCAAGAAAUCUUCCUCGAGACACCUAAUGUUCGAUGGACCGACAUCGGCGGCCAACACGAAGUCAAACGCCAGCUGCAGAACGCUAUUGAACGACCACUGAAGUUCGCCGACCGCAUGAAGAAGCUCCGAUUGAGGCCGAAGAAGGGCAUGCUCCUGUACGGCCCGCCCGGCUGCUCGAAAACGUUACUGGUCCGAGCACUAGCUACUGAAGCCGGUCUCAACUUCCUGGCUGUCAAAGGCGCAGAGUUGAUCUCAAUGUAUGUCGGAGAGAGCGAGAGAGCCACCCGGGAGGUCUUCCGGAAGGCCAGAGCGGCAAGUCCCAGCAUCAUCUUCUUCGACGAAAUCGACGCAAUUGCCUCGCGUGGAAGAAGUGGCAGCGAUUUAAAUGUCUUGACCACGUUAUUGAAUGAAAUGGAUGGCUUCGAGGAGCUGAGAAACGUGUUUGUGGUCGCAGCGACCAACAAGCCACAACAGAUCGACCCAGCAUUGAUGCGCCCUGGGAGAUUCGACAGUGUCGUCUAUAUAGGCCCGCCGGACCAUGAGGCAAGAAAGGAGAUCCUCAAGAAGCAGCUUGAUGGAGGGCUCUACAAGAGCGAAACUGGUCUAGAAUCGGAUGUGGAAGAAUUCGGGAAAUGGACAGAAGGAUUCUCGGGAGCCGAAGUCGUUGCCAUCUGUCAAGCUGCCGGAGAUGUGGCGUUUGAUGAGAAUCGCGAGACCAUCUGCCUCGAGGACAUCCGCACAGCUGUCGCCAACACGCCAAAGAGCAUCACUCAUGAAAUGUUGGAGGAGUUCGACACAUGGAACGCAGCACGAAUGGCACGCUGA